AUGAAGUCUGCUGGCACUGUUGAUCAGGAUUUGUUCACGGACACCUACUGCAAGGUCUGCAGUGCUCAACUGAUCUCGGAGUCUCAGAGAGUCGCCCAUUAUGAGAGUCGGAAGCACGCGAGCAAGGUUCGCCUAUACUACAUGCUUCACCCUCUCGAUGGAGGAUGCCCCGCCAAGAAGCUCCGAUCAGAAAACGGAAGUGAUGAGGGAGACGUGGACAAGAACAAAUGCUGCACACUCUGUAACAUGUCCUUUACCUCGGCUGUGGUGGCCCAGUCACAUUACCAAGGGAAAAUUCACGCCAAGAGGCUGAGACUGUUACUGGGAGAGGAGUCACCUCUGGGAACAGAACCAAAGCAGAUUCCCUCAAGUCGCAGUUCGAUAACAAACCCACCAAGACAGAGGAGAGACUCAGGCAGGUUCUGCCAGCUCUGCACUGCUUGGUUUAAUAACCCAAUGAUGGCUCAACAGCACUACGACGGUAAAAAGCACAAGAAGAAUGCUGCACGGGCAGAUUUAUUGGAACAACUGGGGCAGACCCUGGACCCCGAGGCACUCAGAGCACUAAGGCGCAGUUACACCUGUAGUUUGUGCCAUGUGGUCCUGAAUUCAAUAGAACAAUACCACGCCCAUCUCCAAGGAUCCAAACAUCAGACCAACAUCAGAGGGAGAAAAGGAAUUAUCAAAGUUUCAUAUCAGAGCAUUGCAUUGGAACAGACACUGCUCAGCCCAAUAAGUUAUUUGUUGCCCCAGAUUCCAACACCUGCAGUAUCAUAG